AUGACAUCAAAUAGAAAACAUUCACUUAUUGACACAUUAACUAUUGAGAAUAAUUUUUCUGAUAAUCAUCAAUCGAAUUCCGAACGACGAUGGAGACGAUCAAGUAUUGCAGUAUUUCCUUGGAUGAAUAAAUUCAAGCCAUUUAUCUAUGGAGCUAAAAAUGAUGAUGUGCCUGAUGGUUAUAAUCGAGUUCGUUAUAUAAGAGAUUCUUGUAAAGUAUUAUCUGAUCUUUGGAAAACUGAUAAAGAUUUUCUAAAUAAAAGUAUUGAUAAUGAUGUAUCAAAAUCAUUUAAAGAAUUUCGGCUGAGUGAUGUUGCACGUUCAUAUCGUUCUCCAUAUGGAAUAAAUGGAAGUCCAUCGAUUUUAAAUCAAACUAUUGAUGAUUUAAUUCAAAUUCAUGAUUAUAUUGAUAUUAAACGAAAAGAAUGGCUUGAUCAAUUAAAAAGAAUUAUUGAACAAGCAAGAGAUAAACAAUCAAAUAUUCGUCAAACAAUGAUUGAACAUCGUGAUAAUUAUGAAAAAGCUCAACGAAAAUUAGAAACAGCUGAUUCAAAUUUAAAAAAAUUUCAAACUCGAUCUGAUCGUUUAACAGUAUCAAAUUUUGAUGAACGUUCUCGUGAAUUAGAAGAUAUUCGUACAGAAUGUGAGCAAGCACGAACAUUAUCACGUGAUUUAUAUGCAACUGAAACAUACAGAUUUGCAAGUGAAGAACAUCAAAUAACAGUUGAUAUAUUUUCAAAAUAUUUAUUUGAACAAAACCAAUUUUAUAAUGAAGUAUCGAAAUUUUUAUCAUCAAAAAUGCCAAUUAUUGAAGAUCGUUUAGAAAAUGAUGAAUUAAAACCAUUAUUUGGUUAUGAUUUAAUAAAACAUUGUUCAAAAAGACCUGAUAUUUUAAUAGCUUAUCCAAUUGAAAUAUGUAUUCGAUUAUUAGAAAAUAGUUUACGUGAAGAAGGUCUUUUUCGUCUUGCACCAUCGCAUGCAAAACAAAAAAAAUUAGUUGCAGAACUUGAUUUACAAUCUAUUGAUAAAGCUUCAACAUUAAAUGAACUUAAUUAUGAUCCACAUGUUGCUGCAAGUACACUUAAACAAUAUUUAAGAGAACUUCCAGAUUGUUUACUUACUAAUGCACUUCUAUCACAAUGGAAUCAAAUUCCUGCAUUGAACAGUGAACAAGCUCGUCUAGAACGAAUUUCACAAUUAAUAAACCAAUUACCUGAAAUUAAUUAUCAUAAUCUUUGUUAUUUAGUUCGUUUCUUAGCUCGUGUUGCUGAAUAUUCACCUGAAAAUAAAAUGACACCAAGUAAUUUAGCAAUAUGUAUAGGAUGUAGUAUAUUAUAUGGAAAAGAUCAAUCAUUAUCAUCACCAUCACAUACAUCAAUAUCAAAUUCUUAUACAGCUGCUUCAACCAUUCUUGAAUUAAUGAUUAUUCAUCAUAAACUAUUAUUUACGAAUUAUUCUCAACAAGAACAAAUAUCAAAAUCAUUUAAAUCUCAACCAGAUCUUAUUCCAACAGAAUUUUAUCCAAAAAGUCGAACUGUUUCAAAUGAAAAUUUACUAGAAGCUCCAAAUUUGUCAGGCUACGCUCAACCAUCUCCUGGAACGCGUCGUAAAAAUAAAGCUCCUCCACCACCUCCAUCAUCUAUUCCAUCUCAAUCGUGUUUAUAUAAUCAACAAACAAUAACUGGAGAUAUAAAUAAUGAUAAAAUAGCAUCUGAAAUCAAUUCUAAUGAUCAACUAUCAAAUGAAAAUUUAACAGUGACAAGCUCAUCAAGUUUUAGUCCGAGUGAUAGAAUUCAUCGACGUACACCAAGUGGUGGAACACAAUUAGAUCGUCCAGGAGCUCCACCGCCUCUUCCACCAUCAGCUGUUCUUGUUUCUUCGCCGAUUUUUCAAUCGAAACAAAGAAUUUCAUUUCCAUUAUCAAAAACGAAUUAUGAACAAGAAAUUAGUUCAAAUAUAGAAGAAAAAACAAUUGAAAAUGAUUUAUCACAAGAUUCACCAACUGUUCGAACAACAACAACAACAACAACAACAACAACAGCAACGACAGUAACCAAUGAUGGUGUUAAUGUUGGAAGAUUAAUUUUAGAAUUAAAUAAUCGAAUGGCUGCUGCAAAAACAAAUAAUAGUCAAACACCAAAUAAUAUUCGUGCGUCUUCUAUUCGAAAUAGCACAUUAUCUUCACCUGGAGAAACAACUGAUUUCUAG